GACGAGGCCCGAUGCAUUUGCAGACCAUCAUUUGCUGAAGCAGACAGGAAUGAGGAGACUUUGUGGAGUUUACCGGUGUCGAGGCUCGCGCUAGAGAGCGCUUGAUUGCUUGAGCGUGAGGCGCGCCGGCUCAAUAACUGACUGGCGGGCGAGCAAUGCUAUGCCAACUCGCGAGCAGCCUGUCCUGCCUGUGAGACAUUCGUCGGUAUCACAUAGAGCGGCGCAGGUCAGGCAGGAGCAGCUCCCGCCAGCAGUCGGGGAAAGUCACGAUAAACUUGUCGAGACAGGGCCAUCGCAAGCGUCACUCGCGCCAACGUCAUCACCGGCCCUAGCGCUAAAGCCGAAGCGAGUCGUCAGCUUCUCUUCAGAGCCGGAUCAUACAGCGUCGCCUCCUCGAUCGGCCUCUCCGGCCGCCGGUGCGCGCAAAUCAAGCUUACCCAAGGGUACGCUGGACGAAAGGGAGGCAGCUCGGGUCGCACUUGACUCCUCUGUCUCGCUUCUACGACAAGCAGCAGACAUGGCGACAGCAGCUUCGGCAACGGUCAAGAGCGACAAGGCACCAGCCAGUGCGCUCAAGCGGUCAAGCCAGGCAUCUCGCGAGCUGCCACCGAAGGAGCUUUACUCCCAUCCUGACCCACUAUUGAGACGCUUACGCUUGAGAGAUGGCUACGGCAAAGAAGUCAAUCUGAAGAGCGCCUUCAGAGACUGCAUCGCCGUUGCAUUCUACUUUGAUGCUUCAUGGGGACGCCGCGGCGCCAUGUCGACGUUUGCCUCUGAUGUCAUCAGACUAACAAGAGUAUCACCACAUCGGCUCAAGGUUGUCUACGUGUCCAUAGACACCACAGAAGAAUCAUACGAGUCAAAUUCGCUCGCCCGAGGCUGGCUCAGUAUGGAAUGGAAUGACGGCUCCAAUCUGGCAGUUGGCCAGCACGAAGAUGCUGUCGAUCCCAUCAAUCUCAGCAGGGGCGAAGACUUCCUGCUCGCAGGCGAGGUUGAUACAGAGGAUCAUCUUGGUGAUGACGACGAUCAGAACGAGGAGCUCUACACGCGCCCGUACGCUCGGGUACAUCUGGCGGCAAAGUGGAUGGUGCUCGGCAUACCUCAGCUGGUCGUCUAUCACAUCCCUUCUCGCAAGAUUCUCUCUCGUCACGUCAGACCUCGCCAGAUUGACAAGGAUCGCGUCGAGCAGACGGUCAACCGUUGGCUCUCAGGCGAAACGAACGACGCCGUCUUUAUGGAGGUAGUCCAUCAGCUCAAAUAUACAUUCGCUCUCCUCAUCCUAGCAGUCCUUUACGUACUCUGGGUCAGAUCAGGCGGUACUGAUCCAAUCGCGGCUCUUAUCGAGCUGUUCUCCAAUGGUCACCAGCCAGCACUCGUCCAUCCCGAGCUCUAGAGAUAUCUGAUCGUUCAGUACACGCUCUGUUGUAGCAUUCAUGAUCAAAUUCAGUCCAAAUAGGAUGCCCUUUGCCUGGCC